AUGGCGAUCGCUUCAUCUACCAGCUGGCAAAUCGGCAAAACACUGUCAGAGUGUUUUGAUCAUGUAUUUACGUCAGGUAUAAUCAGUGACGUCACAUUUCUCGUGGGUGAAAACAACACAAAGAUUGAAGCCCACAAACUGAUCCUAGUUAGCAGGAGCCCUGUAUUCUAUGCAAUGUUGGAGGGACCAAUGGCCGAGAAAGGGGAGAUAACCAUUCCGGAUAUCUCUGAAGAUAUCUUCAAGUUAUUUUUGAGAUAUCUGUAUACCGAUGAGAUUGUCUUGACGGAGGAAAACGUUGCAGCUGUAUUUAACGUUGCCAGGAAAUAUUCUGUGGACAUCCUUGUUUCUUGUUGUGAAGAGUUCCUGACGAAACACGUAGCUGUUAAUAAUGCCUGUAUGUUUCUUGAGCACGCGCAUGUCUUCAUGAUUGAUGACUUAAAAAGCAAAUGUCUCGAGUUUAUUUCUGCACAUCCACUCGUUGCUUUUCGAUCUCCGGCCUUCACUGACCUAUGUUUAAGCUGUGUUAACAGAAUCACCGAGUUGGAUGAUCUUCGUCUUAUAGAAAGCGACAUUUAUGAAGCCAUUGUCAGAUGGGCAGAGGCUGAAUGCGCAAGGCAGAAUGUCGAGGCCACACCUGCACAAAAGAGGGAAGUUCUCGGGGAGAUUUUGUAUAAUGUACGAUAUCUCCAUGUUGACGAAGAGUUUCUUCUCAACAAAAUAUGUGCCGACAGAAUAUUGAAGUCAGAUGACAUAGUUGAUGUUAUCAACCACAGAAGAAGUAAAACUCCAUUGCUAUCAAAGAAAUUAGAUUUGGAGAGGCGAUCAGGUACACCUACUUUACAUAGAAUAAACAGAAUAGGAAACGCGAUCAAUGACCUAUGGGAUAGUGUACCACGUGAUGAAGGUAUUUCGUUUAAAUCAUCCACUGAUGUAUAUCUUCACGGUUUUGGAUCAUUCAACGCGGAAGUCGAACCAAGUACUGUGGAUUUACAGGUGUUUGAAGAAAACGUUAGUCUACUUCAAACAACCAAGACAUUGACGGCGUCACAACCUGACACGCCUUACAUGGGAGAUGUACUGUUUGAUCAACCGAUCAGGAUAUCGACUGGGAAAACUUAUACAGUAGUGGAACGUGCUCAUAAGGGAAAAAUUCAUUAUUUUGAAAAUGGACGGAAUAAUGUAACAUAUAAACAUGUGAGUAUUUUGUUCAGCAAUACAGGAAAAAGCAGACACACGACUACAGCAACGGGUCAAAUACCCUAUCUAAUUAUAUCAGUAUAAUUCCCUAGAAAAUCAUCGGAGAAGUGAACGUAAAGUUCGACAGUUGUUCGUUCUGCGUUAUGCGGGAACAGAUUUUUGGGCUGGGAAGGAGGGACUAAAGUAGAGUAGGACAAUUAUUCUGAAUAUGGAAUAAGAAAAAAAUUAUAACUGUCUUACUUUCCCUUUCCACAAUGAGACAUUUGUUUCUAUCUGUUUUAGUUUCCUCCUUCGCCUCCUAGGUAUCUACACUUUUAACAUUACUGGCAUUGUAUAAAUGUAUUGUGACAUGUCCAAAUGGCUAGGAACACAAAAGGAAACUUUAACUGUGAAAGAAAGAUGGAGAAAAAGUUACAAUUAUUAUGAACUAUUUUGCUACCGGCGAUUGAAAAUGAUCAUAUUGAUUGGUAGUUAGUCAUAAAUGAAAACUUCUUACUAUCGAUAUUGGUGUCUCACAUACUACAGCGUGAUCCCGUUGUUGGUAGGGGAAAACUCUACCGUAGUCGUCUUAGACAUCUAACCCCACUAUGACGAUACCCACAUGUAGAGCUGUUAGUGUAUGGGGAAAACUGCAUCAUAAUGUCGUGAUAUUUAUCGAAUAA